GGCGCCCGGGAGGCGCGCGGGAGGGGGCGGGGACUGUCGCGUGGAGCCGCUGGGCGAGCACCGUUAGGGCAGCCUGGCGCGCGGCGCCCGCCAGGCGCCCAGUCCUCCGCCGUCUCCCACGCCUCCCGGGUGCCAGGGAACAGGUAUCGGCGCGCCUCCCCAGCGGCUGGGAGAAACGCUGAGUGAAGAGGAGGAAGGACGGUUAGUCAGCAGUCUUAUAGCUGAAUCAGCUACCAAGAGAAGUUCUAAAGCAAGAAGAGAAAAGCACUUCAAUUUGGGACAUUUAUUUGCACCUGGAAAUGGGGAAUGGGCUAUCAGACCAGACUUCUAUCCUGUCCAGCCUGCCUUCAUUUCAAUCCUUCCACAUUGUUAUUCUGGGUUUGGACUGUGCUGGAAAGACAACUGUCUUAUACAGGCUGCAGUUCAAUGAAUUUGUAAAUACCGUACCUACCAAAGGAUUUAACACUGAGAAAAUUAAGGUAACCUUGGGAAAUUCUAAAACAGUCACGUUUCACUUCUGGGAUGUAGGUGGUCAGGAGAAGUUAAGGCCACUGUGGAAGUCAUAUACUAGAUGCACAGAUGGCAUUGUAUUUGUUGUGGACUCUGUUGAUGUCGAAAGGAUGGAGGAAGCCAAAACUGAACUUCACAAAAUAACUAGGAUAUCAGAAAAUCAAGGAGUCCCUGUACUUAUAGUUGCUAACAAACAAGACUUGAGGAACUCAUUGUCUCUUUCAGAAAUUGAGAAAUUGUUAGCAAUGGGUGAACUGAGCUCAUCAACUCCUUGGCAUUUGCAGCCUACCUGUGCAAUCAUAGGAGAUGGCCUAAAGGAAGGACUUGAGAAACUACAUGAUAUGAUCAUUAAAAGAAGAAAAAUGUUGCGGCAACAGAAAAAGAAAAGAUGAAUAUCAAUACCUAUUAUAUCUGUGUGGAGUAGGUUUUCUCUGGUCUGAUUUUGACAAAUAGAAGAGUGUCUACAACCUGGUUUGCCUGUCUGCCCUCCUGGAUGCUAUUAAAGCUUUGUUUUGUUGAACAAUCAGAUGCCCAACUCCGUUGCCUUGUGGAAGAUGAGUAAAUGCAGUGCUUCUUAAAGUGGUCUCUUCUCCCUACCCCACAAAUCUUUUGGUACUAGCAUUUGGGGAAGCCAAGCAAGGAUAGGAAAUUGACCAGAACACAGUUGUGGAAAUUUGGCCUGAAGUUAGUGAAAUAAAACUUUCAAGAGUG